UGUUUCCUACAGGUACCUACAGGCUAGGAGGUGGGUAGGUACCUACCCAGGUAUAUGGGUAUCCGAGGGUGCCUGUCAACCACCGAGUUUCCUUCGCCUUCAUCCCGUUCAUCCCGCUUCCAACGGAACUUGGUCCCAUUCUCAUACAAACUUGCUCGUUUCCGUCGCAUCGCCGGGCGGUCGACUACCACAUAUUUUCACGCAUGCCGAAAACCUACCCAGGAGUGCCAUAAUCGUAUGUCCAUACCUACUACACCGCGGUCUAUAUACUAUACACGUUGGCACACCUGUGGGUAGCGUCCUGCACCCCUCACCCCUCGUCCUACUCUAUUUACCUACGUCACAUCUCACGAGCUCACGAGCAAGACUAUUGGGCUUAUUUCCGCGCUUGCUACCCAUAAUAGAUAGAGCUCUCGCGCCCCUAUGCUCCGGCUCAAGUAGUCACACACAUCGCACCCCAGCACUUUCUAAAUGGAGUCCCUGGCGAAAUUCAAGCGUCGGAGCGUCGACCUCUUCCACUCUCUUCCGCAGAACUUGCCGUCCAUGCCUCGACUGCCCCAUCUGCCUAAUCUUCAGCGCUCUGGGGGUGAUCCAACAAUGAAGGGCACGUGGCAGCGUAUUUCCGUCCCGCCCCUCCCGAGAUCUUCGCAUUCGCUCGACAUCGUCGCCGGCAACGCGUACAUAUUUGGCGGCGAGAUUGACCCGCGCAAGCCCGUCGAUAAUGAUAUGCAUAUCAUAGCGCUGCCCUCGAGCGGCGCCCCCGCCGAUUACUAUGCCGUCAAGGCUAGGGUCUCUCCUAAGCGACAAUUUGCUGAAAACCCUCCGCCGCCCAUCACCGAGGAGGACGAAGCCGCGGCCGAGCUAAAGGACACCUUGGCCGAUGUCCCGCUGAGCUCUCCCACCCCACCCACUGCCGAAGAUACGUCGGCGACUACGGCCGAGAAGGGAAAAAACAAGCGCCCCGAUUCCGAAGUUCCCUGUGCGCGCGUUGGUCACGCUACUGCUGUCAUCGGUUCUCGCAUCUUCCUGUUCGGCGGUCGUAAUGUCGAGUCCUCCUCUGAGCCGCUCGACGAGGGUGGCCGCGUCUGGAUCUUCGAAACCAAGACGCAUACGUGGUCGUACCUGGACCCUUACCGCAAUAGCCCAGUACCUCCCGCGAGAAGCUACUUUGCCGCGACCGCGACGGACAAGCCGCGAGACUUUGCUAUCAAGCCCCUGCACCGAGCCUCGAGCUGGAAAGAGUGGGCCGAGGGAGACUCAGCUGACGUCGGAAUUCCCCAGCGGCCGAUUGCCGGCAGCGUGGCUGCGACUGCCACAGACGAGGAAGAGGCGGGGUUCGGCACCUUUAUUAUCCACGGAGGCUGCACGGCGUCCGGCGGCCGGACCGGGGAUGUCUGGGCCUUCGACGUGCGCAGCUGCACCUGGAAGGAGUUACCGGCUGCCCCCGGUCCAGCCCGAGGCGGCGCCGCUCUCGCUCUCGCUAAGAGCAGGCUCUAUAGAUUCGGUGGCUACAGCGGGCAGGAGGAACUAGGUGGCCAACUUGACGUCUUGGAGCUCGGGCUCGACGAAUUCGACGACCGAGUGAGCCGAGGCGAGGUUGGCGUCUUCGCGCGCGGCGGCUGGCAGACCAUCGAGCCAGCCGCGGCCCCCGUGCCGCCUCAGGGCGGCGACGAGGCGGCCAAGCUGGUGCCUGCCGAGGAGUGGCCCGGAAACCGCAGCGUCAGCAGCAUGGAACUCGUGCUCGGCGGCGGGGGGCGCGAGUACUUGGUCCUCAUGCUCGGCGAGCAGAGCCCCAGCAGCGAGGGCCACGCGGGCGCGGGCCAGUUCUGGGGCGACGUCUGGGCCUUCCAAGUCCCCCCGCUCGGCAUGACCGCCGCCAGCGUCACAGACGCCAUACUGCAGUCCAUGGGCCGAAAGACGGGAGAGGGUAGGUGGACUAGGGUGACCACGACUCCGUAUGACGACGAAGACAACGCGGCGGCCGAGGGCCCGGGCCCGAGGGGCUGGAUCGCGAGCGCCCCCCUGGGUGACCUCGAGGAGAACGCCGUCUUCGUUUUUGGCGGGCUGGACGGGAGCAAUCGGAGGUUGGGCGACGGCUGGAUUUUCCGGCUUCAGUAAGAGAAGCUCCGGUCUCUUGGCGAGACGGAUGUCUAAAUUGGGAUUUUCCUUUUUUAGCGGCUAGGUUCUCUGGAUGUAUCGGGUUGGUCAAGUCGGAUCGGAUAUGAAGAGGAAAGUGAUGAUUCCAAAAGGCGAGACUGAUGAGCGAAACGGAAAGCCGAGUAAUUUGCGGCCUCUUGCGUAUGAUCGAUAUGUUUGUUACGGGUAGGUGGCAGAAACGUCAAGUCACAGGUUUCUUUUUGAGUGUCAAUACAAAUGCAGCUUAUGUACAAAG